AUGGAUCCAGAACAUAAUAAAAAUAAUAGUUUUAAUAAAUCAACAUGUAAUAUUUCUAAAAUAUAUGAUAUGUUAUCUCCAUAUUUAAUUCCUUUAUUAGUUGGAAUAAGUUGUACAAUUUUGGGAUUGUGGAUUUACAUAGCAUAUAAGAAAAUCCAAAGAGCUAAUAAUAAUAUGGAUAAUUUAUCAUUAGAUUCAGGAUUUGCAGAAUAUGAAGUUUAUGAUGCUGAAGUAGAAUAA